AUGCAGCCCGGUGACAAGCUAGUGGAGACUAAACCGUGUACUCCGCACGAGGAUGCAACAUUCACAGCCGAUCAUGCAGGCCAGGCCGCCUUGACCCCCGCGCAAGAUAAGCUCCAGGGGAAGGUGCCAGGCACUCCAAUCGGGAGUUCGGCACCCGUGGGAGGAGUUCUGAUGCUUAGCUUGGUUGAAAAUUGCAUUUCAUAG